UCGGGGAGUCUCGGCCCUUGGGUGGAAUAGAGUGAAGUGCCAGUGAGACUCGAGGAGCCGCUUCCACGCUCCCCCGCCGCUGCCGCUGCGCCUUCCUUCUCCGCACAGUGUCUCGGGAGCAGAGAGAAAGGAUUCUGGUCGGGGAGCCCGAGCGCAGGGGUCGGAAGCUCAACAUGAUGGACUUGGAGCUACCCCCGUCGCAACAGGAUAUGAAUUUGAUUGACAUCCUCUGGAGACAAGACAUAGAUCUUGGGGCAAGGCGUGAAGUGUUUGACUUCAGUCAAAGACGGAAAGAGCAUGAGCUGGAAAAACAAAAGAAACUUGAAAAAGAAAGACAAGAACAACUCCAGAAGGAACAGGAGAAGGCCUUUCUGGCCCAACUGCAGUUAGACGAGGAAACAGGUGAAUUUCUCCCAAUUCAGCCAGCCCAGCACAUUGAGCCGAGCACAUCUGCCAACUAUUCCCAGGUCGCUGACAUCCCCAAAGCAGAUGCUCUUUUCUUUGAUGACUGCAUGCAGCUUUUAUCAGAGACAUUCCCAUUUGUAGAAGAUGAUGAGGUUUCCUCAGCCACAUUUCAGUCACUUGUUCCAGAUCACAUUGACAGCAACCCAGUCUUCAUUACUUCUAAUCAAGCUCAGCUACCUGGAUCGACUGCCCUUCAUUCAGUAGUGGACAACAGUAUGCAGGAUAUAGAGCAAGUGUGGGAGGAGCUGUUGUCCAUUCCAGAGUUACAGUGUCUUAACAUUCAAAAUGACAAGCUGGCUGAGGCCACCAUAGUUCCGAGUCCUGAAGCUAAACCAACAGAAAUUGACAACAGCUACAGUUUCUACACUUCACUCUCGACAAUGGAAAAAGAAGUAGCUUCCUGCAGUCCAGAUUUCCUCGAUGCAUUUGAGGACUCCUUUGGCAACAUGCUCCCCGAAGAAGACCCUAACCAGUUGAGAAUGAAUUCUUUAAAUUCAGAUGCCACAGUGAACACUGAUUUUUGUGAGGAAUUUUACUCAACUUUCAUAGCAGAAACAAACAUAAACAGCAGUAUGCCUUCCCCCACCCACAUCAACCAGUCACUCUCAGAACUUUUAAAUGAGCCCAUUGAUAUUUCUGACCUUUCACUUUGUAAGGCUUUUAACAGCAACCAUCCUGAAAACACACCAGAAUAUAAUGAUUCUGACUCAGGCAUUUCUUUGAACACAAGCUCCAACAUGGCAUCUCCGGAACACUCAGUAGAGUCUUCCAUCUAUGGAGACACACCACUCGGCUUCAGUGAUUCUGAAAUGGAAGAUGUCGACAGUGCUCCUGGAAGCAUUCACCAGAGCAGCACCAGGACACGGCCGGUACCAUUUCAAGAGGAUGUGAGUUAUCCAGUGUCGCCCACGCAGGGCCCGGCCGUUCCAGUGCCUGACGUGCUGCAGAGUGUAAGCACGCCAAAGAAGGAAUCGCCCACCAGUCCUGGUCACCAGAAAACCCCAUUCACCAAAGACAAGCAUUCAAGCCGCCUAGAAUCCCAUUUCACGAGAGAUGAGAUGAGAGCGAAAGCUCUUCAUAUCUCUUUCCCUGUAGAAAAAAUUAUUAACCUUCCUAUGGAUGACUUCAAUGAAAUGAUGUCAAAAGAGCAGUUUAACGAGGCUCAGCUUGCACUUAUUCGAGAUAUACGUAGGAGGGGUAAAAACAAGGUGGCUGCUCAGAACUGCCGGAAAAGAAAACUGGAGAAUAUCGUGGAACUGGAGCAAGAUCUGGAUCACUUAAAAGAUGAGAAGGAAAAGCUGCUCAAAGAAAAAGGAGAAAAUGACAAAAGCCUCCAUCUACUGAAAAAACAGCUCAGCACCUUAUAUCUUGAGGUCUUCAGCAUGCUACGAGAUGAAAAUGGAGACCCCUAUUCCCCUAGUGAGUAUUCCCUGCAGCAGACAAGGGAUGGAAAUAUAUUCCUUGUUCCCAAAAGCAAGAAACCUGACAUUAAGAGAAAUUAGAUUUGGGAGGAUUUGCCCUUUACUGAGGUAGUGUUUUUGUACUGUUUUACUAAAAGCUCCUACUGUGAUGUGAAAUGCAUAAUUAAGUGAUAUUUUAUAAAAAAAAAAAAUUCUAUGCAAG